AUGUUUGCUGUCAAGAAUUCAUUUUCCUGUGCGCUGCAAACUUUUCCAAGCAUCCGUGUGAGGACAUUUAGCAUCGGGCGCAUGGUCUCAGGGGCUGUGAAUCUCAAGGGUAGAAGUUUGCUGACUCUGAAAGACUACAGCUCCGAAGAGAUCAAACACUUUCUACGAAUAUCACGCGAUCUGAAACAAAGAAUUAAACAGGAGGGACAGUACCUUCCUCUUCUGCAAGGCAAGUCGAUUGCCAUGAUAUUUGAGAAGAGGAGCACCAGGACGCGCAUGUCCACAGAAACAGGCUUUGCGCUGCUUGGAGGACACCCUUGCUUCCUCACCUCUCAGGACAUCCACCUGGGGGUGAAUGAGAGCACGACUGACACAGCCAGGGUUUUGUCUGGGCUGACAGAUAUCAUCUUGGCCCGAGUGAACAGCCACACUACUCUGCAGCAGCUAGACAAGGAGGCCUCUAUUCCUGUCAUCAAUGGCCUCUCUGACCUCUAUCACCCCAUUCAGAUCCUGGCUGACUUCCUCACUCUGCAGGAACAUUAUGGGUCAUUGAGUGGACUGACAGUGUCAUGGAUUGGGGAUGGCAAUAAUGUGCUUCAUUCCUUCAUGGUGUCUGCAGCUAAGCUGGGUGUCCAUCUAAGGAUCGCCACUCCUAAGGGGUAUGAGCCAGAUGCCAGUGUUAUUCGUGAGGCUGAAAAACUUUCAAAGCAGUAUGGGACUCAGCUGCUCUUGACCAACAACCCCUUGGAGGCAGCCAACAGCAGUAAUGUUCUUGUCACUGAUACCUGGGUCAGCAUGGGCCAGGAGGAGGAGAAGAUCCAGAGGCUAAAGGAUUUCCAUGGUUACCAGAUCACCAUGCAGACAGGAAGUGUGGCCGCCCCAGACUGGACCUUCCUGCACUGUCUCCCUCGUAAGCAGGAGGAAGUGGAUGACCAUGUCUUCUACUCCCCGCGUUCACUUGUGUUUCCGGAGGCAGAAAACAGAAAGUGGACCAUCAUGGGUCUGAUGGUCUCUCUGCUAACUGACUACACUCCAAGCAUACCAAAGCUGAAGUGA